GCUUUGAUUUCGGUCUUUCGAGCUAGGACUGUAUGUUGUAAGCUGUAGUUUGAUAGGUAGCUUAGCCUGUUAGGCCAUUAUCGCAUUUGCUUUAGCUAUAACAAAUACUAGUAAUAAAAGAAACGCCGUUAGGUGCACAUAUCUUUCGUAUAUAAAGUUACUGUAAUAAUAUCGCAUGUCCUCUAUCCAGAACCUCCAGUCUUUUGAUCCCUUUGCUGAUGCAACUAAGGGUGACCACUUGCUCCCUGCUGGGACAGAAGAUAAAAUACACAUAAGGAUACAGCAACGAAACGGGCGCAAGACGCUUACUACUGUGCAAGGAAUUGCAGAUGAUUAUGACAAGAAAAAGCUUGUGAAGGCCUUCAAAAAGAAAUUUGCAUGCAAUGGUACUGUGAUUGAGCACCCUGAGUAUGGAGAAGUUAUUCAAUUACAAGGAGACCAAAGAAAAAAUAUUUGCCAGUUUCUUCUUGAGAUUAACAUUGUAAAGGAAGAGCAGUUGAAGGUCCAUGGUUUUUAAAAUAAUGGAUUUACCAGAGGAUCAGGACUACAGCAAUUUUUAGAACACCAGAUUAGGGCUCUGAAGUUUCCUGACCCCAUUCCAGCCUGAUAAACAUGGCUGUGAAAGUGAAAUGUUGUCUAUACAAAAGUUUUUACAAGUAUUCCUUAUUCAUAAACAUUUGAUAGAACAUGACUGCUUUGAAUCAGGGAAUAAGUUGGAUGUUUGCUGACUAAAAUGAACAUUUGAUGGACACACUUGGCUAAAUAUUUCUCUACACAAUAAAAUGAUUUUUGAGACCUA